UCUUUGUCCAAUUAGUUGCGAACUUGCGGCGAUUGGUCGAUUUGGUCACAUGACAUCCCAUUACGCAAAGCGGCACGUGCCUGACUUCCUGUUGCCGAUGUAUGUAGUCGCGUGGCGUGUUUCUAAACUUCUUGUGCUUUGUUGAAGUGCAUUUAAGCGUUUAAACUCUUGUAUUGUGGGCAAAAUGGAAAUCAACAAACAAUCAUCUGUCGCUGACAUUAUUCUUUUUUUGAAAAACAACAAAUUGGAUGAAAUUGUCGAAGAUUUUAAAGCUAAUCAAGUCGACGGUGAGGAUUUUUUCAAUUUAGAACCACAUGAUAUUUAUCAGAUGAUUCCUCGAAUAAAACUUCACAAGAAGUUUACGUGUAUUUGGAAUGACGUUACUCAAAAGCUGAAAGCAGAGUUAGGACGUAUUUUGGAGAAGAGUGAUGUUGUGCAAGACAUGAAGGAACGAUGGAAUUUGCACAAAUAUAAAAUGCUGUCUGCUAUUAAAAAGACAAAGCAAAAGAAUGUCAGCAGUAUCCUUGAAGAGCUGGAGGAUUGUCCAGUUGAAGAUGAGAAAGAGGUCAAGAACCGGUGUAUAAUGGCAUGUUUGCCUUAUGUGUUAGAUGACCAAUGCACCCAUCGAGAUAUGAACAAAAGCUAUUUUGGGACAUUGUUGAUGUAAGAGUUGAUAUUGUCA